AUGGCGGCACAUAGACGGAUUUAUCGCCGCCUGCUUCUACAAAAUGAACAGCAAAGACGCCCCAGGUUAUUCAGAGACCGUUCCAAUCCACUGGAAGUGUUUGAGGAGGACGAAAUAUUUGAUCGUUAUAGGUUUCGCCCUCAGACGAUCUACUAUAUACUCAGUCUACUUCCAAAUCUGAGACACCCUACGAAACGCAACAACCCCCUCCCACCCCUUCUUCAGCUACUCGUAUGUCUGCGUUACCUCUCGACUGGUACAAUCCAUUUGUUAAUCGGUGAUUCCCUAAACAUUUCCCGCAGCACCGCUGGUACAUGUAUAAGAGACAUUUCUGCCCAUGUUUCAAAUCUGAGACGAAGGUCCAUUAGAUUUCCUAAAGUCAACGAUGCUGCAAGAACAAAACGUGCCUUCUCGACCAUUGCAGGCUUUCCUAACAUACUAGGAUGCAUAGAUGGGACACAAAUAAGAAUGAAACACCCAAAGCAGAAUGAAGUUGACUAUAUGAAUCGCAAAGGAUAUCACUCCUUAAAUGUUCAGAUGUGCUGUGAUGAAACCUUCAAAUUAACCAGUUGUGUGGCUAGCUGGCCAGGAUCUGUGCAUGACAGCCGCCACACUCAUCAAUUUUUCAGUUAUCUGUUAGACAUAUACAGUAAUCCACAUUUUGAAUGA